AUGAUACUGCUGUACGAGCUGCAAAAGCGUCUAGCCAACCUGAGGCCGACUGCCACUGUCGUCACCACACCCACCGGUGCCCGCUACGUUGAGCGAAGGGGAUCCUCGGCCAGGGAGGCGGGCACAGCCACGAGUCUGCUGCAGCUGGAGCCCCGUCAGUACGGCUUUGUUGUGGACACUAAGCCUGACGCUGUGCCCGCCUGCAUUCUGAGCGAGUUCUUAUACCUGGGCUCCCAGGAUGCCGUGAGCGUUGAUAAUGUUUUGAAGUAUAAGAUAACGCACAUUCUAAGCGUUGGCAUUCAGACGCCCUUUGUAGAGUGGCCCACGCCAGUCAAAUGCAAAUUUCUACCAUGUCUUGAUCUUCCGGAAACGGACCUGAUGCACUACGUCCUGCCAGUUUCCCUUGAGUUCAUCGACGAAGCGCGGCGGUCGCAGGGUUGUGUGCUGGUCCACUGCAACGCGGGGGUCUCGAGAUCCGCCUCCGUGGUCAUCGGCUAUCUUAUGCAAAGACGGGACAUGUGCUACGACGACGCUUACAAUCUGGUAAAGUCGUGGAGGCCGUGCAUUCAGCCCAAUGCGGGAUUCAUUCAGCAGUUAAAGGGAUCUUCUAAAGCACAAGUUGAGUUAGGCAGUAAGCAGUGAAGUCUGGUGUCAGCUUUUUGGUAUCCUUUUAUAUUUGUUGUACAUUAAACAGUUUUAAUGAAAAA